AUGGUUUGCUCAAAGACAAAGAACGGCAAGGCUUCUGGUCCAGAUGACCAGGCGAAUUCUGAAAAUAAUGCGGAUGGCUCAGUGCGUCAUGGCUUGCAGUCCUCUUCAAUCACACCAUUAAAGCUAAGAGCAUGCCCUAUGAUUGGUCAAAGAGCACCACGAUUACGCUUGUUCAACGUAUCGGAAAUUCCGGCUGAUGAGCCACACUUUAAAGAUCUUCGAAAGAGUUCUUGA